CCCUCUAAAUCACAUCGUGCAGUACGUGUGUGUGCGUGUGUGUUUCAGAGUUCGUGUACUCUUGUGCAACCAUCAAACAUUGAUAGUCAUGCUUCUAGUUCUUUUAAAAGCUAAAGUAGAUAUGAAUUUUUUUCUGUUAAAAAUGAAAACAACUAUGAUGAAUGAAUCAGAGGUUUAAAAAAAAACGUCUCUCAUUGCAUGUUUCUGAGCUGCUGCAAGUCGGGUGCGAGUGUCGUGGGUGGAGGUAGUGGGACAUUUCUAUGCAUAUAUCAUACAUAAUCAUGUCUUAACUUCAGGCACGAAAGAAGUUUGACUACAUGGUCAUUGGCAGGAGCGUCAGCCAAUCACGUGAGAGAGAGUAUGUGCGUGAUCACUUGAAUGAAAACAAAGCUAAUGGGAGUGAAAGAGGGAAUCUGAUUCUACACUUUGAAUUGAUGACGUUUGAGCCUUUUUCUUGCUGAACAGGUCAAGUGUCCAGAAGGAUGAUGAGGUAGUUUGGAUUGCUGGGACCUUGUUGUGGAGACAAGACACAAGAUCACUGAGUGUGAAAGUGUGGAUUUGAGGCGCUCCCCUCUUAUCUGGGCCGAAACAAGUGGCAAUGAGGAUGAGGAGCAACGUGGCAUGGCUGUCCUGCCUGCAACUGCUGUGCGCUGUGUCUACACUGACUGCUUAUCCCCUCACACCUCCUCUGGACCUGGAUGUCACUCCCAGAACUACUGUCCUUUUCAGUGAGCUAUGGGGGUGCCAACGCUUCAGUGGCUCUGCUUUGAACUACAGUACCCUACUGCUGGAGGAGGAGCCAGGUUUGCUGUAUGUGGGAGCUAGAGGAGCGCUGUAUGCCCUGCAGGCCUCCAAUAUCUCCAGCUCCAGUUACACAAUCGACUGGGAGGCACCUGCAGACCAGAAGAAGCUCUGUCAGAGCCAAGCAAAAGAUAACAAGACUGAAUGUUUUAACCACAUCCGAUUCCUGCAGCGAUUCAACAGCACCCACUUAUAUACUUGUGGAACCCAUGCAUUUAAACCACAGUGUGCAUAUAUUGAUAGUAAGGAGUUUCAAAUGUCUUCAAUGUUUGAGGAGGGUCGAGAAAGGUGCCCUUAUGACCCUGCUAAAGGCUACACAGGCCUGCUUAUUGAUGGCCAAAUGUACACGGCAUCUCAGUACGAGUUCUGGAGUUCUCCAGACAUUCGUAGGAACUCUCCAAACCCCAUGCUGAGAACAGAGGAAGCCCCUACUCGCUGGCUUUAUGAGGCUGACUUUGUGGAGUCGGCGCUGGUGAAGGAGAGUGUGAAUAGCUCGGUCGGAGAUGACGAUAAAAUCUAUUUCUUCUUCACGGAGAAGAGUCAGGAACACAGUCUGUACUCCAGCUACAGCCGGGUGGCCCGUGUGGCCCGGGUUUGUAAGAGCGACAGAGGAGGUCGCCUGACCCUGCAAAAGAAGUGGACGUCUUUCCUGAAGGCUAGGCUGGUCUGCUCGCUGCCUGACUACGAGUUCCACUUCAAUGUUUUACGCAGCAUGUUUGUGCUGGAGGGCCCCAGGACCGAGGACACUAUGCUAUAUGGUAUCUUUGGCCUGGAAUGGAAAAACGUCAAAGCUUCGGCCAUCUGCCGCUACUCAAUCAAAGACGUCCAGCAGGUCUUUGAAGGGCCCUACAUGGAAAAUCAGGAGGACGCUGGCGCCAAACUGACUGAAUACACAGGAAAGGUGCCUGAUCCGAGACCUGGCUCGUGCAUCACGGAUCGACUAAGGGAAAGAGGCAUCAACUUCUCCACUGACUUGCCAGACGAUGUGCUGCACUUUGUACGUCGUCAUCCACUAAUGUCUCGACAGAUUCCCCCUCUAGGACAGCGUCCUCUGUUGUUUCGCAGGACUGUGGACUACACUAAAAUAGUGGUGCACAGAGUGACUGCUCUAGAUGGCCAGACAUACCACAUGCUCUUCAUUGGGACAGAUGAAGGAUGGCUCCAGAGAGCAGUAGAAGUUAAAGAUCAGCUUCACAUUAUCGAAGAGCUGCAGCUGUUUGAGGAGCCACAGCCUGUGGACAGUAUAGUCAUCUCUCAGAAACAGAUGAGCGUGUAUGUGGGCUCACCCUCAGGUGUUGUGCAGCUGCCCUUGUCCACAUGUCACAGAUAUGCGUCCUGCUUUGAUUGCGUGUUAGCACGGGACCCUUUCUGUGCUUGGGAUGGUGUUGAAUGUGUCGAGAUCACCUUGCGCACAGACAGAUCCAAUCUGACUCAAGACAUCCUUAAUGGGAAUGAAGGCUGUGCAAAACCUGCAGCAGAUGACCUGGUGCUCCAUCGGAUUCGCUCAGUGAUGGGUGGGGACGACGUGCUUCUGCAGUGUGAGUUGAGCUCUAAUCUCGCAACCCCACAGUGGACGAGGAAUAAGCAGCAGCUGCACGGCUAUGGGCUGAACUCAGGCUAUCGCAUUGGCACUGAUGGCUUGCUGGUGAUUGAGGCAAGACCAGAGCAAAGUGGCAACUACAGUUGCUUCGCCCUGGAGAACGGCGUCCGCAUCCAUGUAGUGAUCUAUACUUUGAUUGUGCACCAAUACAUACCACCACCACCCCACUCAACCCUCCAACCCAAAAACCCCAACGGCAGUAAUCCAUCACCCCAGCUGCCCUAUCCCCUUCCCCCGCAGUUCCAGUCCAUGAGGAACAUGGAGGCCAUGUACAUCUCUUUGAUCACCAUCUUUGCUGGAUUGUGCCUGGUCCUGACUGUAGUACUGCUGUAUGUGGGUUUCUGUGUGCAGAGCAAACGGGGGAAGUACUCUCUCCGUGCAGCAGCCCAAACUGACAGAAAGAGGAAUAGGAAUGAGCGCAUGGAGCUGAAGACUGUCUCCAGCAACUGUAACGGAAAAGCAAACACACACGAUGGACUGCUACAGAUUGUUCCCGGAGAGGCCCAGGUUUCCUCCCCUAAAGAGCUUCUUCCUGCUCCUCCACUCCCACCACCUCUACCAAACUCUGAGUUGGACUACACCAAUGGGUUCUCAGCCACACUGCCCAGCGUCUUACGUAAAAUGAACGGCAAUAGUUAUGUGUUACUCAGACAAACCGAUGGAGACGCCACGUCACCGCUGUACCACUCUUUCACCGAGGAGCUCAACAGGAUUCUAGAAAAGAGGAAGCACACACAGCUGUGUAGCAAACCUGAUGAGAGUUCUGUAUAACACUUCAGAAACAAUACGCUACCUGGUUAAAGGUUGGAAAGGAUUUUGUUCCAGCUACAGCUAAUAUUGCAUACAAACUGAAAUGGAUAAUAGGCUGGCUGAUGAAAGAUUCUGUUUCAUAUUUUCCUGUCUAGUGACAUUUUUUUAAAUCGUCUCUUAUUUUGAAGAGAACGGAUUCAAUGAACACGAAAAACAAGAACAGAACAAAAGUAGUGUCACAAACACACAAUGCGUAAUCUACCUCGGAAGAUUGUUGCUAUAAUAAUAGCACUGCGUUCAACUGGGAGUGUGAGAUGGGAGGUGGUGAGGAAUAGCAGGUACUUCAGCACAGAAAGCAGAGUGAAAGCAUAAAAGCUUCAUAGGAAAUACAGAGGAAAAGGUCCAAACAGGAACAUGCAGGGUUUUGGAAUUAUUUUUCAUUGGUUAAAGAAACUGCUGGCUGGAGUCUAUUAAUUUCAGAAAGAAAAAAAAAACUUUUAAUCUUGAUGUGGAUGCUUUUGAGCAAUAUAGCUGAACUGCACUAAAUGUUGGUAUUUUCUACUGAGAUAAACUUUGCGAUAUUUAUGUCACCACUGACUACACUGAUGACUCAUCUAACUGCAUUUUUAAUGCACCAAUGAACACUGAAAGACACUAACAUUAUGACUUCAGUUUUUAUAGCUCGAUUUUUGAGGGAGAGCAUGAGUGUGAUAGUAUUAAUUUCUGGGAUGCACUUUAAGAGCGAAAGGCAUUUGUUGUAAAUGAUGCUUGUUCUGAAAGAGAUGGCGCAUGCUGUGAGUGUCAGAAUGGAAAUCCUGCUUUUGUAGGAUAAAUUGAGGAUUCUUCAAAAAUCAACACCAUUGCUGGGUCAGAGUCAAAUGCUUAACUAACCACUAUAUGAACAUGUUUGUUUUUUGUUUUUUAGAAAAAAAAAAGAAAAAAAAAAAGAGUACAACAAUAAUAAGACAUUCCACAACUCAUAACCCAGACUAAAUGAAUUGUAAACAGUAAACCGUAAUUCUUCUCUGGUUCAGAGCCAUUCUGUGUCUCAGGUGGUUAGCUUAUGACUGAGCGUUGGUGCAGUUCCCAUCGGACAUCGCUGGAACUUCAGAGUGCCAGUUAACCAUGACGACAGAGAAGCAGCGGUUCAACGAUCAGUUUGCUGCCAGCUCAUGCUUUGCCACAAUGGAGGGAAUCUCCAAUAAGCCAGUGUCAGAGAAAUGAAGCACUUUAGAAACAAUGGACUUUCAGCAUCUAGUGAUGGAUUUAUCAGUGCGAAACAAUGGAAGCACAUGUGUUUUUAAAUAAUUGGGGAGUUCUGCAGCUCUGUACUACAAUGCCUUCCUGAGUUUACAAGAGUAGAAAAUCAAUCUGAAUCUGAUCUUUGCCCAUCUCCAACUUUAUCCUUUUACAGUGGGUGUUAAAAUGGGUCAGUGUUUAUAUCAUAUUCUUAUACGUUUUAUAUUUUAUUAUUUAUUUUAUUAAACAUACGUACAACUAAUGAUGUAUGUCUAAAGUUGUGUUGUGUGGGUUUUUUUUUGUUUGUUUUUUUUUUGUUUGUUUUUGUUUUUUUAAAGUUCUGUAACAAAAUCAUAACCCUGGCAUCAGAUAUUCUCUUUAUUUUGAAUGAUUUAGGCCUCCAUAAAGUGCAAACUGUACAUCAUGUAUUCAGAGCUUGUAAUAAAAACCUAUAUUUCAGGCUC